AUGGGCGGCUCCAGCACUCCUGCGGUGUCGGAGCGAGUCAAGCUUGGUAACAGCCUCAUCCAGACGCAGAUGGGGCCACGCAUCUUGAUCUGUCCUAGUGGAUUCAAGGAGAGUCUGGGUCCGAACGAGGUUGCGGACUGCAUCGAAGCCGGUGUGCUUCGAGCUGUUCCAGAUGCGUCCAUAACCAAAGCUCCCAUGGUGGAUGGUGGCGAGGGCUUCACGGAGGCCCUCGUCGCAACCACGGGAGGCAGACGACACUUUGUUGAAGUCAUCGGCCCAGUGCGUGAGCCUGUGGCAUCUCACUAUGGCUUCCUGGGUAACUCGGCCAGUACAGCGGUCGUGGAGAUGGCAGCAGCAGCAGGGCUCAGCAUGGUGCCCCGAGAUCAACGAAACCCUCUUUACACCACCACGUUCGGCGUCGGACAGCUCAUCAAAGCUGCACUGGACAACGGUGCGACAAACAUACUCCUGGGAUGUGGAGACUCGGGCACUUGCGAUGGUGGCAUUGGUAUGGCACAGGCGCUUGGAGCACGCUUCUUUGACAGCAAGGGCGCCGAGAUUGCCCAGGCAAUGGGAGGAGCGUCACUCAACGACCUCGCCGCUACAGACCUCUCCGAACUUCACCCACGACUCCGGGAGUGCCAGAUCGACGUCGCAUGCAACUGGCACAAUGUGCUCUGCGGACCGAAAGGUGUUGCACGAGUGUUUGGCCCACAAAAGGGAGCGACUCCCGCUGAGGUGGAGCUUCUCGACAUGGCCAUGACCCGCGUUGGAGCUGUCGUGAGUAAGAGCAUUGGCAAAGACAUCAGUUAUGCUCCAGGGAGCGGCGCAUCUGGAGGCAUGGGCGCUGGUCUGCAGCUCAUUGGUGCCCAGCUCCAUCCACGUUUCGAUAUCAUCACCAAGUUCCUAAACAUCAACAACCUCGUCAGAGGAUGCGACCUAGUCAUCACGGCCGAAGGAGGCAUCGAUGAGCAGACUCCGAGAGGGAAGAUUCCUGCUGAAGUCGCGCGCAUUGCCAAGGCUAAAGGAGUGCCUGUCAUUGCGUUGGCUGGCACAGUGGGCAAAGGCGCCGAGUCCAACUAUGAAGCGGGUAUCGAUGCAUACGCAAGCAUUCUGCAAGCUCCAGUCACGUUGCAGGUUGCUAUUGCAGAGGCUGAGAGGCUUCUGAUGGAUGCUGCCGAGAGUGUUGCCAGGAUGGUGAAGGUUGGUUCCAGCCUGAAGCGUCUUGCGCUUGGCAGGAAUGGUAAUGUCGGAGAAGCGAAGCCAGAACUUCUAGUGCUGGAUAAUGUGUUGAAUAGGAGUAAGGUAUCGUGGAGACAGGGUUACAAUCAGGAUAGUACGGGAAUUCCUUUUCAUGAUGUCUGUCUAUUGUCGAUAUCUCCCGUACUUGACUUUUGGGCAGCAGAGAACAUGCCAAGUGCCAUUCGGCCUGAGUGGCAUCCCUUGCUUGACAUCGGUCCCGAGGGGGCAUAA